AUUAGCAUAAUGGAAUCAAUUGUCAGCCAUUUUCUACGAUAGAAGGCCACAACAAAAGUCGACUGAAGACAACAAAGUGAUACUUUCUCGUUUUUACGAGAUUUCAAACAAUGAAGGCAAUAUGGGUUAUAGGGGCGACCCUUGUUUUAAUGGAUUUUAUUUCUGGAAUGUCAGAGACCAAUGCACAUGAUCCAGUAAUAAACUCAAAGUUCAAAAAUGGUAGGGGAUUUCCCGUUUUUCAUGGGAACAUUACAGAAGGAAGUCGGGUAGUUCAGCUUGAUCAGCCACUCAAAGCCACAGAUGAGGACACUGUGGGCGGGGCAAGGUUUAUAUGUGGAUAUAGACUUAUCUCCCCUCGUAAGAACAUUCCCUUUACUGUGGAACUAUUGGACAGAACCACAGGAGAAGCCCAAUUGAAAGUAGCUGAUGGCCGAAAGGUCUCAUUUGAAAAGCGGAAACGGUACAAGUUCUCCGUGAUAGCUUAUGAUUGUGGGCAACCAGCACGUGAAUCAAACAGAGCUGUAAUUUUCGUUCGGGUGGAGGAUGUGGACCGUUUUGCCCCCACUUUUGAUAAGCCUGACUAUGUGGUGGAUCUGGAGGAGGACAGGUUAUAUGACCCCUUGUUCACGCUACACGCCCACGACAAAGACAGGACAAAAGAGUUCAAACAGAUCUGUGAAUAUGAACUGGAAACCCCGAAUGUUCCAUUCUCUGUAGAUAGGAAUGGAAACAUUCGUAACACACAGAAAGUCUACUACCAAGAUAGACAUAACUUUAUUUUGAAAAUCAUCGCCAGAGACUGUGGAGGAAGGCAGUCUAAGGCGGUAUUUAUCAACGUCAUAGUCCGGGAAAAAUGCAAGCCACAAUGGACAAAUUUCCCAGACCACCUCCAGUACCUGGCUGGCAGUGGAAAACAGAGGGUGGCCCCCAAAGCCAUCCUGAGAUGGUGUGAUGACACCUGCACCCCAGACCAGGUGACCCUCCAAAUGAAGCUGGCAACCAGUCACAUCGGCAAGGGCUGCGACCGCGACACAUACUCCAUCUCCUCACAGAGAAAAUUGUGUGGUGCUAAUGAUCACGGUAUAGACUUGCUGCCAUCCCCUAGCCUGACGUCUUCCUGGACACGCUUCCUGCCCACUGAUGACGGGAAGGAGAGUGACCAGGUGUUUUACUUUGAUGGUGAAAACAAUGCCGUGGAGGUGCCAGAAAAUGUCUUCAACCACACCCUGCAUAAGCACUUCUCCAUUAUGAUGUGGAUGAAGCAUGAACAUUCUGAAAUCAAGGAUAAAAAGUACCCCAAGGAGCACAUCCUCUGCAUGUCUGACGGGGAUAAUAUGAAUCGUCACCACUACUCCUUGUUUGUACAUGGAGAUAAACUGGUUCUCCUAGUCCGUAGAGAGGCAUCUGAUGCCUCCGACAUGGAGGUCUUUAGACCCGCAGAAUGGCGGUGGAAAAUUUCAGAGAUCAACCAAAGAGAUGAGUGGCACCACUAUGCCAUCAGCAUGAAUUUCCCUCAUGUUCAGUUGUUUGUUGAUGGGAACCUGGUAAUACCCAGUGAUGACAAUUCAGAAGUGGUUGAUGAUUGGCCACUUCACAAGUCAAACAAAGUUCAUGACACCAAACUCAUUGUUGGAGCAUGCUGGGAAGGUGGUCAUCAUAAAUUUAACCACUAUUUCCGUGGUUAUUUGGCUGGUUUGUCAAUCUUAAAGGGCAAGACAGAAAGUGAGAGGGUCAUUCGAUGUCUGAACAACUGCCAGGAAAACUUGGACUUUAGUGCUCUCAGUGCCAUGCACAGUGGAACAACUGUGAGCUUUAAUAGGGAGAUGACAGACUUUAGAAUUCAGAGUAAGAAUAUAUCUGAAGUACAGGCUUUAUUGAGAGAAGUCCACUACAUCAACAGCAGGAAAUUCCCCACUCCAGGCAGGCGAAACCUCACAGUGUCCACAGCUAUUCAUUGUGGGUCAGUGGAAACCUUCCUCCCUAAAGUAGACAGCUAUAUCCUGGUCAGACCAGCAGCCACCCCCUCCAUCACCCUGCGAGGUCACCCCUCCCUCAGUGCCAACGAGGACAGACUCAAGGCCGGGCUGAGGAUAUUUGAGGACAUCAAUAUAUCUGUAGAUUUUGCUGUGGAGAGAACUGGAGGAAAAGUGAACCACAUUCUGGGAAAAGAUGAAGUUAGAGAUGGUAAUUCUGACAUAGAACUGGGCAAGGAGGAGAAAUUACAGCUCAAAUUGGAGAGGAAGAAGGCAAAACAAGACACCACUAGCAAGGUUUCAGAUGCCCAGUUGAUCCUGCUAGAUAUGUGCACUGUUAAGGCAGAUCCCCCUCUAGAUCUUUACCAUGAAAGGCUUGAACUGCCCACAUCCAUUAUGAAUGAGUUCAACAUGAAAAUUGAGGGCACACAAACUAGUGAGGGCCUGGUCAUUUCGAAUGCAGAUAACAUCGAGGAUUAUAUCUUGGUGCUGAGAGGAAUUCUUUACGUCCAUGAAAAAGAUAAACCCUUUACAGGACGUAGCUUCCAUUUGUCAUGUUCUUCACAGAAUGGUCGCUUUAUCAGCAAUACCAUGGACAUCAAGAUAAUGAAGGUUCAAGAAGAAAACAAUGUGAUCCUGCCGUUGAGAGCCCAGCAGGCUGUUCAGCACAUCCAGCUUCCUUCUGUUAGUGGUACAGGCAAUAUGGCUGUCGGGGCAGCCUCUCCCAAUGUGGGUAUGGUGGCCAUUAUUGUGGUUUGUGUGGGCUUCCUCCUAUUUAUGAUUAUUCUUGGGGUCAUCAGAAUCCGGGCGGCCCACAGAAGGACCCAGGUGGUGCAGGUGGAGCCAGAGAUGGAGUGGGACAACGAAAUGAACCUCAUUGUCAAUCCCAUGGAUGAGGAGACACACCCACUCCAUGUGUUUGAUUAUGAUGAGGGUGUGGGGAAGUCUAUGAGGGACGACAGUGACUCUGAGGAUGACUGCAGUAGUUAUCAUGAGGAUGAGGAGGAUUCCUCAGACGAGGAAACCGUCCCCAAAAAAGAGUUAGAAUGGGACAAUGAACUGUGAGGAAAAAUAGAAAUCAAACACUUCAGUGCAAAGAAUUUCGAAUAAAUUUUUUGAUUUCAACUUUUUAAAAACUUACAUUUGGUGUAAAUCCCACCGAGUUAAGAUUUGUGAUUUUUUUUUCUAUUACUUACUUGAAAAAUUAGUAAGAAGGAGUAUGUCAAAGUGAGAAAUGUUUAAUAUUUGAAGUUUUAUUAUACAUACAUUUCUUUUUCAAAAAUCACAGCACAAUUGUGCACAACUUAUUCAUACAAGCAAGUACAAUUGUUGAUUGAGCUGUUAUUGUUAAGACUUGUACCUAAGAAUAUCAUAUCAAUGACAUUCACGUUCUGUAGGGUUGCCAUGGUGAUCAUGAUGCUUUAAUGUCCACAUUCUGUCAUUAUGUUGUGUUUGUUUUAUUAUGUAUGGUGCUGUUACUCGAAGAGUAUUUUUUUUUCAAGGGUUUAAUUUUAAAACUGCAGGUGAAGUUUUGUGGAUGACAUUUACUUCUGACAGUCAAAGGUACACAUACGUACUACAUAAUUAUUAUAUUUACUUCCUCUUUUUUUUUGCAUUCAGUUUAUUCCCCAAGAAUUCUUAUCAAGUUUUACCUUUCCAUUUUUUAAAAGAAAUCUAUCUUUAUCAUUCACGUGUUGUGAAUCUGAUAUUUGUAUAUAUAGAAUUAAUAAAUGUAAUGUAAACGUUGAUGUGAAUAUUUUAGCAAAGGUUGUAUAAUCUUUAUUAUAAUUAUUUUUUUAAAUUUUGAUUUAUUUUAAAAGCACUUUUUAUAACAUUCCAUUUAUUUAGUCAGUUAAAAUGAUGUACAUGUUUACACUUUUCAUCUGUUUGUUUUCUAAAAUCAUGGGCUCAGUAUUUACUUUUUAGAGGAAUUAUGAUAUUUCAGGGCUUACAUUAUGUGUUGUGAUUAUCAAUGUAUGUGAUUUUUGUGUCUGUAGCUAAGCAAUCUCAACAUAUUUCUCAUAUCAAUACAGACUUAUUCUCAAAAACACACCUAAUCCCCUAAUGUGUAACACUGUUGAGACAUCCUUAUAGGAAAGUUUUUUUAAAUUGCAUAUAUAUACAUGUACAUGUAUGUACAACCAACACUGAGAUUGUUGAAUGAUACAUGUUUAUGUUUAAUGAUAUUCUAUACCAGUGUCCAGUAAAUGAAAAGUUUUUUUUUUUUUUGUUUUUUUUACGUAAUUCUUGGAUGUAAUCGUGAAAUCAGAAUAUUUAAAUAUUUUAAAAGAAUUUUGUCCAUUCCAUAAUUUUUACUGUUUUUAAUCAUUUCAUUCCACACAGACAUUCAUUGACAAUUAAUUUUAUCAGAUGUAUAUACAGUAGUAAGAGAUAUCUUCAUUCCAUGAACAGACUACAUGUAGUUAAUUUAAAAGUUUUCAGCAAUAAAAUAUGUAAUUUUUUGCAUAAUACAGUAUUUUAAAUUGCACUUUAGAUGUAAGUUUAUGAUUAUGGGCAUUUUAGACUUAUUAUAUCUGCUUUUCAAAUUUCUUUUAAUGGCAUGAACUUUGCUGCCACCAUGUUCCUUUGAUUUAUACUGUAUGUACUAUUAUACAUAGGUUUAUCAUCAUUUGCUAUUUGAGCCUUUUUUAAACUGCAUAAAUCCAAAGGAAAACUAGACACAAACUUGUCUUUAUUGAGGAAUUUCUUUUAAGCGUAAAUGUUGGAAAAUUUUGACAAUUUGGCCACACAGUGAAUAUGGCAUGUAGUGUUAAUCAUUUUUGUAAAUAAAAAGCUAUCAUAUAAAA